UGCAAUCUCGAUGGCUACUUCGGCAAGAAGUACCAAGGAUACAACGUCUGCGGGCCUGUAUUGUCAGAAAUGCCGCACUCCCAUCGAAGUGGAUGCCUCCAUCGACCAGCUUAAUCCAGCUGCCUUCAAACUCCUGACAGACUCGACGGUAUCGCCCGAUCAACAAACAACGAAGAAGACAUUGUCACGGCAAGGCCGUCCGCCCUACCCCUCAUCCAGAAACCAGACAUACGAGACAGCAACCCAAUCCGCGAGAAACCCUACCUUCAAGCGUACCGUACCUCAUGCACGAUAUGCUCAACGUGGAGGACAAAACCCUGCGAUGUCAUUUGUCAGUGUGCAUAUGUCGGAGUCAAUGUUGGAUCCCGCUUUAUCCCCAGAGGUGAAGCAGAAGACCUCCGACGGCUCACAGCCAACUGGCGCGGAGGUAACCCGAAGAGCAAGUGCUACGGGAAAAUGGGGAUCAGUAGGAGGUGGGAAGAUCGCAGACGGGAUGGAAACUACAAAUCGCUUGUUCGAGAUAUUGUCGGCACGCUCAGACAUCGAUCAUCCCGUCUGCACCGAGUGCACCGAGCUUCUCGUAGAGGGUUUACAGAAGCGCAUGACGGUCGCUACAAGAGAACGCGACGCAUACGUCGAUUACCUUCGCCGCGCCAACAGCGACGUCCCAAACGCAGAGGAAAUCAAAGCCGCCGAAGCCGAACUCGAAGCCGCACGCAAAAGCGAAGCCGCCGCCCUCGCCCACCUAGAAAGGUUGGAGAAAGAAAAAGCAGAGCUAGACUCCCAACUCCUCGCCCUACAGGCCGAAUCGCGCGCUCUCGACAAGACCGAAAACGACUUCUGGGCCCACCGCAACGCCUUCUCCACAGCCCUCACUUCUUUCCAGGAAGAGCGCGACGCCCUCACCACCAAGUACAACCAUGACCUCCAACUCCUCACCCAGCUCCAACGCCGCAGCGUCUACAACGACAUCUUCUUCAUCACUCACGACGACCACUACGCCACCAUCAACGGCCUCCGGCUCGGCCGCCUCUCUACCCCUUACGUCGAUUGGCCGGAAAUAAACGCCGCAUGGGGUCAGACAUGUCUCCUCCUCGCGACUCUCGCAGACCGUCUAGGCUACAAAUUCCAGGGCUACGAGCUCUACCCCAUGGGCUCGACCUCCUCCAUCCUGAAGCUGGACACCAAGCCUGCCACGGGUAGCAGCACCGCAGCAGCAGGCACCACGGGCCGUCCCACAGUUACGAAACAGCGCCUCGAGCUCUAUUCGUCGGGCGAACUGCCGUUCAAUCUCGGCUUCAUGCACAGGAAAUUCGACACCGCCAUGGUCGCCUUCCUAGAAUGCUUGCGCCAGCUCGGCGAGUUUGCGGAGAAGUCGUCGCAGCAGUCUGCGGGCGGAGGCAUUGGAACUCAUGCCGAUGGUACUCUUAGUCCUGCGAACCCGGGCAGUCUGAAUUACAAGAUGCCCUACGAGAUUCGCAAGGACAAGAUUCACGACACGAGUAUCAAGUUGAGUCUGAGCAAGGAGGAGAAUUGGACAAAGGCGUGUAAGUAUGUGCUUACUUGUUGCAAGUUUUUGUUGGCUCAUGCGAAUGGGUUGGAUGGGGGGAGUGGGGUUGGGAGGAGGGGACGGUAGGGGGUAGAGUGGUCGUUGGGAUUGGUGGGGGAGGGAAUAGGAAAGAGAAUGGUAGGAGGAUGGCAACGUUGGUGCACUUAAGAUACCCCUUUUCUUUCACUGGGUUCGGUCUCUCCUGGAGGUAGUUGGGCGUUUUUCGGGGAACGUGGUGCAAGAUAGCGUGCCGUUGGUUGCGAUCUAAACCUGCACCGGGAUGUAUAAAGCUGGGUUUCGUACCACAGUAUGAAGAGAUAGGGAUGUGACGCAUGGAAUGGAUGUCCAGCAUGGAAUGAUAUCACUUGCGUACGAAGAAGUGAAAAACUGUUCUCGGCGCUUUUCUUACCUCCUGUUAGUUUGAUGAUAUGAAGUGAUUGUACGUGAGUAUGCGUACACAGUACAUGGCAUGUAACAUAGAGCGAGUCCAUUCACAUAUGCAAU